AUGCAGCCUUCUUCAACUCUUCUGGUCAAGCUACUGUGGCUGCCCUUGGUGCUCCCAGGCCAGCCUCAGCUGGUGAGAAGUAUGUCAAACUUGGUGGAUGAGAGUGGCACAUGCCACUGUGUGGUCUUCCUGCCCAACAAUUCCACCCUACUGCAGCAGUUGGAACAGCUGCAAAAUGCAGUGCAGAAGCUUGCAGGCAAGUAUGAGCAACUGAUGUCCAGGGCCAAUGACUAUGCACGUGCCAUUGAAGAACAAGACAACCAGGUCCUAGAAAUGAACCACAUCCCGGAGUUCAGAAAUCCUAGCACGGUUGCUUCUCACGACGAGAGUCCAGCCUUCAACCUGCUACGUGUGGAGCUGGAAGGAGUACAGCAUUUGGCAAGCCAGCUUAACGUCAAGGGAGGAGUUAGUGGGGCUGCGGACCUUCUCCACCAACUCCAAGGAAAGGUGACAAAUGCCAGUCUCACCCUGAAGCUCCUGGCUGACACUGAGCAGCGUAGCUUCAAUGCUCUCCAGCAGGAGGUGGAUGUCCUGGAGGGCCAGCUAAGCCAGUGUGAGAGGGAAAAGGAGCAGGACCAGGCCUCCAGAGACUCUGGCCUUCCCCUAGCACCAGGUUCUUGUGCCCAUGGAGGACUCCAGAAAGUUAGCAGACCCUUUGUGUUGAACCUCAAUUGGAGGGGCAUUUCCUACAAGGCAGGUGCCUGGGGCCGAGACUCAGCGCCCAAACCAGCCUCUUCUCUUUACUGGGUAGCCCCUCUCCGUGCAGAUGGCAGGUACUUCGACUUCUAUCGGCUGUACAAAUUCUACGAUGACCUGAUGCUCCUGAAGAACUACGAGCAGUGGAAGAUGGGUUAUGGCGAUGGCAGUGGCAAUACAGUGUACAAUAACUUCAUGUAUUUUAACUACUAUGGCACCAAUGACAUGGCCAAGGUGGAUCUGUCCUCCAACACCCUGGUGCUGAGGCGUCCAUUGCCUGGUGCCACCUACAAUAACCGCUUCUCCUAUGCUAGUGUGCCCUGGACGGGCUUAAAUUUUGCUGGUGAUGAGGAAGGGCUAUGGGUGAUCUAUGCCACUGAGCACAGCAAAGGCAACCUUGUAAUAAGUCGUCUCAAUGCCAGCACCCUGGAAGUAGAGAAAACAUGGCACACCAGCCAGUACAAGCCAGGCUUGUCAGGGGCCUUCAUGGCCUGUGGGGUGCUGUAUGCCUUACGCUCACUGAGCACUCGCCAGGAGGAGAUCUUCUAUGCAUUUGACACCACCACAGGGCAGGAGCGCACUCUCAGCAUCCUGUUGGACAAGAUGUUGGAAACGCUGCAUGGCAUCAAUUACUGCCCCUGGGACCACAAGCUCUAUGUCUACAACGAUGGCUUCCUAGUAACUUAUGACCUCAUCUUCCUGACUACGAAGUACCAGCUGCCCAUAAGAGCAGCAGCCAAAAGGCUGUCUGGGGCUCAUGCUCCACAAAAAUCUAUCAGACCCAGUAGGCCCUCCAGGCCCUGA